AUGUCAGACGUCGAAUUCAAAUUUCACCCAAAUAAGAAGGCUACUAUCAUCACUGCACCAUUUUCUGGUGGUCAACCAAAAUCAGGUGUUGAGUUAGGUCCAGAUUAUAUUCUUAAGGCUGGGUUCCAAAAGCAAAUCGAAGAAUUAGGUUGGGAUGUCAAUCUUGUUCACGCCUUGGAAGGUACCAACUACGAAAAUGAAAAAUCUCAAAUGACUGCGGACGAAUUUGGUAUCAAAAAUGGUAGAAUUGUAGGUGAAUGUUGUAAGAAGAUCCAUGACGCGGUCAAGGGCGCAGCUGACAACGACAGACUCCCAAUAACCAUUGGUGGUGACCAUUCCAUCGGUUCAGGUACUUUGAGUGGUAUGUUGGAACACAACCCAGACACCUGUAUUCUCUGGAUUGAUGCACAUGCAGAUAUCAAUACCCCAAAGACUACUGAUUCUGGUAACUUACACGGUUGCCCAGUUUCCUUCGUCAUGGGCUUAGAUAAGGAUUCUUAUCCUGAAGAAUUAAAGUGGAUUCCUCACAAAUUGAAGCCAAACAGAAUUGCAUACAUUGGGUUGAGAGAUGUUGAUGCUGGUGAAAAGAAGAUUUUGAGAGACAACAACAUUAAGGCAUUCUCUAUGCACCACGUUGAUAAAUACGGUAUCGGUAAGGUUGUGGAUAUGGCCAUAGAUGCUAUUAAUCCAGACAGAAAGUUUCCAAUUCACUUGUCUUAUGAUGUUGAUGCCAUCGACCCAUCUUUCGUUCCUGCUACUGGAACCAGAGUGGAAGGUGGUUUAACCUUGAGGGAAGGUUUAUAUGUCGCUGAAGCUGUUGCUGAAACUGGUUUGUUAUCUUCCUUAGAUAUUGUGGAGACCAAUCCUUUAUUGGCUGAAAAUGACACCCACAUCUUAGAUACUGUCAGUGCUGCUUGCGCCAUUGGAAGGUGCGCUUUGGGCCAAACUUUAUUGUAA